AUGGCCUCGCCGACGUUGGGCGGCCGCGCGCCCUCACCUUCGCCCUCAGCAGGACCCAUCGUCGAGGAGGAGGAAUACUACUCAUCGUGGUCACUGUUCCUCGUCUGCGCGCUCUUGAUCCUAUCGCUUUGGACGUCGUACUAUCUUCAGAUCAAGCGCAUACGAGCCGUGCAUGAGACAGUCGUCUCCAUCGUUGCCGGCAUGUUUGUAGGGCUGGUCAUACGAAUUGCGCAAGCGGAUGCUAUCCGGGAGAUGCUGACGUUCAAACAUACGUUGUUCUUCAACCUUCUCCUACCCCCUAUCAUCCUUAACUCGGGCUACGAAUUGAAGCAGGAGAACUUCUUCCGAAACUUUGGCUCUAUCCUCACAUUCGCGUUUUUGGGCACCUUCAUAUCCGCCAUCGGAGUCGGGGUUCUUGUCUACAUAUGGUCCUCCCUCGGCCUUGAGCACCUCAACCUCACCCCUCUCGAAUGUCUCAUCUUUGGGUCCACUCUAUCCGCAACGGAUCCUGUGACGAUUUUGGCCAUAUUCAACCAGUAUAAAGUCGACCCAAAACUGUAUACCGUCAUCUUCGGCGAAUCUCUUCUGAACGAUGCUGUGUCCAUCGUCAUGUACGAGACGCUCUCGAAGUUCCACGGCACAGAAGUGUAUCUCCAGUCACUCUUCCACGGCAUCGGCAUCUUCUUGCUCACUUUCACCGUCUCCAUGGCCCUUGGCGUCAUCUUCGGCCUCGGCAUGUCCCUCGUCCUCAAACACUCCGCCCUCUCCCACUUCCCCCGCCUAGAGUCUUGCCUCGUCGCGCUCUCCGCCUACACCUGCUAUUUCUUCUCCAACGGAAUCACCAUGUCCGGAAUUGUGUCCCUCCUCUUCUGCGGCAUUACGCUCAAGCACUACGCGUACCACACCAUGUCGCGCCGAACCCAACGCACGAGCAAGUACAUCUUCGCGACCCUCGCCCAGCUCUCGGAGAACUUCAUCUUCGUCUACCUCGGCCUCUCGCUCUUCACCUCCGCGCCAUCCUCGAAGGUCACGUCCUACUUCAAGCCCAUCUUCGUCACGAUCACGACCGUCUGCGUGAUCUUCACCCGCUACGCCGCCGUCUUCCCGCUCUCCGAGGCGAUCAACUUCUUCCAUCGGCACGCGAGGGGACAGCGCACGGACGAGCUCCCGCACUCGUACCAGAUGAUGUUGUUCUGGGCCGGCCUCCGCGGCGCGGUCGGCGUCGCGCUCGCGGCCGGGUUCCAGGGCGAGAACGCGGAGACGCUCCGGAUCACGGUUCUCGUCGUCGUCGUGCUCACCGUCGUGCUCUUCGGCGGGACGACGGCGCGGAUGCUCGAGGUGCUCGGGAUCCGGACCGGCGUCGAAGACGAAGCGGCGAGCUCGGACGAGGAAGAC